UACUUAAAUUCGGCUUGUAGCUCAAUUCAUAUGCAGUCUUCUUGGUACAACUGCACACACAGAAACACCCUAACUCAUCCCUUUCUCUCUCUCUCUUCACUUUUCUAAUUUUUCUUCUCUCUCUAAGAAAAAAAGAAUAAGAAAGAGAGAUAAAAAAGAAAAGCAAGAUUGGUUCUUCUUCUUCCUCUUCUCAGCAUUUUAUCUUCUUUUAAUUGUUCACACAAAAAAAAAACACUUUAUUGUUUCAAGAAGGAAACAAACCAAAAAAAAAAAACAACUUGGGAAAUUUUCAUUUUCUUUCCCCAGGAACAUUGAAGAUGAGAGAUUUGGUGUCAUGUUUCAGCGAAAACUCAAUAAACGUGACACAUCCAUUAUCAUUACCAUCUUCAUGUUCAAACUACAACACCAGUAACGCUUGUAUCCCUCCAUCUCUCAUACCAUCCAUACAAACCUCCAUCACAAGCAUCUACAGAAUCACUUUACCAUCCAAGCACCUCAUCAUCAAAGUCACAUGGUGCAACAAGAUCAACCCUUCGCACGGUCUCAGCAUCUCCGUUUCCUCCGCGGAUCAAAACCCUUCGACGUCUCUCAAACUCAACACUUCCUCUCGCUUCUUCCGCAAGAAGAAAGGAAACAAAUCCGUCGACUCUGAUCUCGGUAAAAUCGAGGUUUUAUGGGAUCUUUCUUCCGCUAAGUACGACUCGAACACGGGCCCUGAACCGAUCCAAGGCUUCUACGUCAUCGUCCUCGUGGAUGCUAGGUUAGCUCUCCUCCUCGGGGACUCCUCCGAAGAAACUUUAAAGAAAAAGGGUUUGGCGUUCGAUGGUUUCGACUCGGGAAAGUCUCUGAUCUCUCGGCAAGAAUACUUCUCCGGGAACACCUUUUACUCGACCAAAGCUAAGUUCGCUGAAUCGGGAGACUCGCACGAGAUCGUCAUCAGAUGCAGCGCGGAGAAAACAGAGGGUUUGAAACAGAGCAGUAGUACUCAUCGUUCCCCUGUUCUCUCUGUUUGUAUCGAUGAGAAGACGGUUACGAAAGUGAAGAGGCUUCAGUGGAAUUUCAGAGGGAAUCAGACGAUUUUCGUCGAUGGGUUGCUUGUGGAUCUCAUGUGGGAUGUUCAUGAUUGGUUCUUUUGUAAUCCAGAAGGCUGUGGAAAAGCUGUGUUCAUGUUUAGGACAAGGAAUGGUUUGGACAGUAGCAGGCUUUGGUUAGAAGAGAAGAAGAUGGUUCAGAAAGAUGAACAAGACAAGCUUGAUUUCUCUCUCCUCAUUUACGCCUGUAAGACUUAAAAACAAAAACAAAAAACUAUUUUUUUUUCCUUCUUUGUUUUGGGUUUGUUUUUUUCAAUAUUUGAGAGAUUUUUAUGGAUUUUUAUUCAUUUACAUUUUAUUCUUGAAAGGAGUAUAGAUUUUUCUUACAUUAUUCUUUUCUUGGAGUUGUGAUUUAAUAUUUGAGAGAUUCCACAAUGUGAAUUUCUUCUUAUACAUUGUAUGCUAUCAUUCUAAAUAUCAAGUUUUUUUUUUUUUGUUUUUUCUUCUUCUUAUAAACUCAAGAUCAUUGCUUAAUCUUGAAUCGAAAGCAAAUUGUUGGGAAAAUAUAUAUGAUCUCUAUGACUCU